ACCGGAAGUGGCGGACGGAGGCCGCUGGAUCCCGCUAUUGUGGAGGGCGAGGUGACCCUGGCGCCGCCGCCACCAUGGGCCGCGAGUUCGGGCAUCUGACGCGGAUGCGGCAUGUGAUCUCCUACAGCUUGUCGCCCUUCGAGCAGCGCGCCUUCCCGCACUACUUCAGCAAGGGCAUCCCCAACGUGCUGCGCCGCACUCAGGCCUGCAUCCUUCGCGUGGUCCCGCCUUUUAUAGGGUUUUACCUAGUCUACACAUGGGGGACUGAAGAGUUUGAGAAAUCCAAGAGGAAGAAUCCAGCUGCCUAUGAAAAUGACAAAUGAACAACUCACCUGGAAAAUGGUUCCGUGUCACUGAAAGGCCCUUCUCUGGGAGCAGAGUCUACACUGUAGUGUCUUGAAGACACAAUAAACUUCUCAUGGGUGACACUUGUGAUUUUGCCUUUUUGUGAGCAGAGUUCAUGGUGUUUGUAACUGCUCGUAUUCAAGUUCAUGAACUCCCUUCCCCAGAGUGAGUCAUGAAUACUUUUGGCUGUUCUGGGGUUUGAUGAAUGAAUGAGGGUUGCCCCUUGUUCUGUAAGAAAGUAGCUGUAGCUAUUCCUGCAUCUGCCAAGUUAAUGAGUGGCAUGGACUGUGGGGUAGAGUUGGCUCCUGACCUUCUACUCCCAUAGUAACAAAAUCUAGUAACUGUAUUUUAAUUUCUUUAUGUUAAGCAUUCCUCUUAGCUUUGCACAGAUGAGCUCUUUUAAACCUCACAGCUUCCUUUGAAGUAUCAUUAUACUCAUUUUGCAGAUGAGGGCAGAGACACAAAAACAGGAUGUCAUUUUCCAAAAUUACACAACUAGCAGAUGGACUCUGCCAUUCUCCCUAACAUCAGCCUUCCUUUGUCUGAGGGGAGCUCAGAUUUAAAAGGGCGGGGAAGAGGUGACCCUGUGGCCUUUAGAGUAUUGUCUCCCUGUACCAGGGACCAAAUAGUGGUUUUAAAGUAUGUAUUGCCCAUAAAGCUUAAAAUACCCUCUGAGCUCUUAAGGAGAGUAGUAACCCCUUUAAAUUACCUUUUUAGUAGAAAAAGUACCUUUUCCCUCUCACCAGGAGGUGGCAGGGAUAGGUGUUGGCAGGUUUAUUAUGCUUCAUUUAUAGAAACUUCUCAUAAGGCACAUUCUACUGGUCUUGAGCAACUUUAGUGUACUCAGGCUGUUAUCUUCUAAUGAUGGCUCUUAUCUUUUAGGAACCAAAAUUAAAAUACAUCCCCCCAAAACUGGUGAGAUAAAUUGCAUUGAUUGUGUGGGAGGAAAAGGAGAAACAGCUGAAUUUGACAAAGUUGAGGCCAUACCCUUGAACUGUUACUUCUGUGUGAUACAGGAACCUUUUACGCUGAUCAAUGUUUUGGAUGUGGGAUAUGUCAGCCCUAUGCCUGCUUUCAUGAGACUGCUGAAAGGAUAUGCUGUGUAGAAGGCCCCAGUCAACUUCUGGGAAGAAAGUCCAUAAUUCAAGGCUUGCAAUCUGAUUUAUUACCACCACACAAGCUCUCCUCGUGAUGUGGAAGCCCUGCUACCUCUUCAUUCACAGCUUUAAAACAAACAGUAAACCUGCACUCAUCCUACUCACCUGUGGUUCAAGUAAGUCCCACAUCAGUCCUGACUGUCCUUCCCGUGAGAGAGGGCAGUUAGGCCAGACUUUGAACUUUCCACAUUUGGGUUUCCAAGUCUUCUAUAUGAUCUGGAGCAGAUAACUAGAGCGAUAGUCCAUCUAUGUAAACAAGAGAUCUGAGCACGGUAGACCAUGCCUGCUGAAACAGCCUCCUAUGGAAGGGAGAUAAGGGCCUUAUCCAAUUGCCUGAACACAAUAAAUCAGUGUUUCUUCCCUGGACAAGGCUCAAAAGGGGUCAACACUAUUUCUGAAGACUUCAUGAUUAGUGUUCUGUUUUGAUUAGGGUCAUCUCUCUCAGCUAUAUUGGAAUCAAAAUAGGGCUAGGGGCCAGGUCUUCCUGAAUGGCUUCAUGACUUUCAAAGGGAAGGAGAAGGUAGUGGUGACUUUUGAUAAAAUGGGUAAGGGUCCAAGCCAACAACAUAAAUCACUCAAAGUCCAGGUGAGGGAUCAGUAGAUGCAAUGACUGAAAGGCAGGCCUUGAGCACAUUCCUCUGGUAGACAUUAACUUAUUAAAUUGACCCUGAUUGCAAAUAGAAACUUUGUACCCAUCUCACCUGGCAACCAUAAAAGAGGUGGAUUUCAGUCUAUAAAAGGAAACGGGAACAGCCCCCUGGCUUGCAGGAUCCAACA